AUGGCACCCCAAUAUACUGAGUAUGAUAUUAGCCAGGCGCUUGAGGCGGUCGCCAACGGCCAAUCUGUACGAAAGGCCUCGGCGGAGUGGGGUGUACCAAGGAUGACACUCUUCAACCGCCUGCAUGGCCACGAAUGCAGAAAGGAUGCGUUUUCUCCUCUUCAGAGGCUCUCUCAGACGCAGGAGAAUCGGCUUACUGAAUGGGUUCUCCUCCAGGACGCCCUGGGCCUCCCCCCACACACUCGCGACCACGUCCCGCUCGGAAAACAUUGGAUGCAAGCAUUUUUGAGACGAAAUCCUGCAAUUCGGACACAGAAGUGCCACCAAGAAGAUUCGGCGCGUGUCAAUGGCGCGUCUACCGACAACAAUUUCUCCCUUCCUGACAUUCAGGCCAUUAAGCCCGAGCACAGGUACAACAUGGACGAAGCAGGCAUCAUGGAAGGGCUCGUGGAGAAUGGCCUAGUGGUACGCAACGCUGAAAAACGAUCUGUUCAAAGGAAAACGCCUGGUUCUCGCGUCUGGACCUCGUUCAUCGAGUGCGUGUCCGCCACGGUCGUUUCAGCGACUGGCAAUUCACUGCGACAAAGAACGGUUGGAUCUCAGACCAGACCGCAGUGGAAUGGCUGGAGAAGGUGUUCAUCCCGAGGACCUAGCCAUCCGACCCUUCGGAGCGAAGACUGCUCGUAUUGGACGGCCACGGGAAUCCAUCUUCUUGUUCUGCCUCCUCAUACCUCUCAUGUGUUGCAACCGCUGGAUUUGUCCGUCUUCUCCCCUCUGAAGCACUACUACCGCAAACAGGUCGGAUUUCUCAGCCUGUUGACCGAUUCGAGCCCGGUUGGCAAGCAAAACUUCCUUUCCUGCUACCAGAGAGCACGCGAGCAAGCGCUCACGACGUCCAUCACCAAGGGUGACUGGAAAGCGACGGGUUUAUGGCCGGUGUCGGUGGCAAAGCCACUUUUGAGCCCUCUCCUGCUGGAGAACAGCAACAAGCGCAAGAAGGACGCAAAAAACACGCCUGAGACUUCCAGAGGCCCAUUUUCUGCGUCGGGUUGGCAAUCAGACGCAUCGCAGAUUGCGUGGUCGACUCCACGGCGGCCUCAAGAUCUGAAGGUGCAAGUGCUUCAAUUCAACCAGCUUGACGACGAUGUGCCCACAAAGCGGCUGCUGUUCAGAAAGAUUACAAAAGGGUUUGAUGAAAAGGAUGGCCUAUUGGCAAAAGCUCAAUUACAAAUUCAAGCUUUGGAAACACAGUUGGCGGCCGUGAAGCCGAAGAAGAGGAAGAGGGUGGAAACGAACCCGAACUCGAGGUUCGCCGACAUUGAGGCAGUGCGGCGGGCGCAGGCGGAGGUCAUUGCAGCUGAGAAUGAAGUUCUUGAUGAAACCGAAGAUGAACUUUCAGAAAUCGGGGACGAUUGUAUCGUAGUAGCCGUGGGUGGGUGGUGA